CGGGAUGACGAGCCCGAGGGCCGGGUAGGAUAGUCGACCAGGUUGGGCUGAUGGGUUCGGUUCCUGCAGGGCGAACCGUAGUGGGCGGGGCCGAGGCAAGUCGGGCAGGAUCCGGUCAGACCGAUACGGGGUGGGUCGAUGUUGGUCGAACCGAGGUGAGUCGGACCGGACCUGGUCGGACAGGAACGGGACGGCCCGAGGUGGGUCGAACCGGGCAUCGUCCGAGUCCUUCUAAUCUGCAACCAAGAAGGGUGGACAGCAGGGGACCAGCUGGUUGGGAGGGCCCGCAUGGGGUACCCUAUGUUCCGGGAGGAUACCAGAGCCAGCCAGGUGACUACCCGGGGGACUACAGGCAUGAGAAUCCGAGCUGGGCGUCGAAAAAUACAUACGGGCAGCCGUGGAGGAUGCCGGGUAACGACGGGUAUGGUUCGUAUUAUAUUAACUAUGAAGGAGCUGAUGAAGUGGUUUUUCGCGCCAAGCCUCCUACCAUUGAGUUUCCAAUAUUCAAUGGGCAAGAGGAUGCAGGUCUUUGGUUGUAUGCAGCUGAGAGGUGGUUUAAAAACCAUCUGAUCCCGGAAGAGAGAAAGGCCUAUCUGGCGUCGUUUUAUUUGGAGGGUGAUGCGCUCCAGUGGUGGGAGUGGAUGGAGAGAUCAUACGCAGCGGCCGAGACUUUGAUUACCUGGCCCAUGUUUCAGGAGGAGCUUCGUUACUAGUUCGGGAAAUCAGAAGGGUGGGCCCCUGAGCAGUUGACCAAGCUGAAGCAGACCGGCACUGACACGCUAAAACACAACACCAAAUUGCGACCAAGUGUAAUUGCAGUCCGGGAAUGCAGUAAAGUGGCAAGUUCUAUUAUCAACCCGGGUCUAGAUCUACUGCUUACUCCGUGAUUAUCUUUUAUCUAGCCAACUAAGUCAAGUGAUUGUUGUUUUAAGCAAAAGCAGUAAGAAAGCAAGAAUUGGUACAGUUUUCUCAAGCAAAGAAGAGUCACUCUGGAAUGAGUCCCCCUAGCUCCUUAGUUAGGUUUCAAUUGUAAUUAUCCUGGGUUGAUUUACUGUUGAUUAGACUGCGGAAGAUCUGACAGUAGCUUGGAAUCUCUUAAGCUGACCAAGCCCUCUCAGUCUAACUACCCGGCAGACGACUAGUCUUCACCGGGAUAGAAAGCUGAAGCAAUAAGCACAGAACUCCACUACUGGAAUUGGAUUCCAGUACAAAGCAGUAAAAUGGCUAACUCUCGUAUAGCCAAUCUCCUACUACCGAAUGAUGAGGCUCUAACAACCUAAUCAGAUUCUAUCUAUCUCAGGUUGCAGCAAAAAUCAAGAAAAGCUGAUUAGGCUUCAAUCAAUUCAAUAAAACAUG